AUGGAAGGGAAUGAAAAGGAGGUCGCUAAACGAUUGAGUGACAUGAUUAUUGAAAAUGGACGAAAAUUGACACUGUCAGAAUCGAAUUUGCAGAACGACGGGGUUCAAAAUCAAAUAAAUCCACGAAUAAUUCUCGUGGUGAUAACUGGAUCCUGCGUCCUUUUGGCGAUUGUGAUCAUCUCAGUAGGGGUCUGCCUGUACAAAAGGCUCGGCGGCGCUCAAUACGGCUCAGGGCAGAUUCGAAUCCUUUCAGAAGACGGAUCAGUCGAAGAAGAACUGCUUUAUAUUUUCGGAAAUAAUGGAAAAGCGAUCAGAAAUCUCUCCAACCCUUCUUCCUACCCAGCGCGAAUUGGAAAGAAACGCCUUGGACUUUUCUACACCGACCGUGCUGGAAAUCUUCUGUCUUCAAAAGUCGUUCUUGGUCAAAAAGCCAUUCCGAGAAUCAUCAUUUCGCCGCCCUCGAUGAGCUCUGGUAACUUGGAGAUCUCUGGCUCGAGGGAUUCUAUUAUCGCCAUUGAUUUAUAG